UCACACUGUCAGUCAGCAAUUUUCGCACCGCUUAACCUUCGGAUUAAACCAUGAAGAGUAUACUGUCAGAGAGUUAUCAAGAUAAAGGGCAAGUGGAGAACAAACAAAAUUUCAUCUCGUUACUAUGAAGCACAAUGAUAGUUAACGCUUAUAUGGGCAUGAUACUGAUUUGAGAUGUUACGUUUACGUGACUGUAAGGGAUAACUGAGGUGUGAUAGGUGACUGAAGCCAGCCUCUAAUACUUAUAAACCCGGAUAAUCCAAGCUUCGGCAAUGACCCUUUAAUCUGUUGGCUAGUUGUUGUUUUGCCGGCUUUUUAUACCCUCGUUGUCUCGGAACGCUUAACAAACAAAUCAACGCUACAACUUUCAUUCCAGAAAAAAGCCGAUUUCGAGAGCUUAUUAACUCAAACUGUGGGUUAGAGCAUCUUACACCUUUGUUUCACUCUUCUGUUGCUACCACAAAUAUGAGGCGUCUUAUGCCGGAUUGAUGGUGAGCAUACUCUGAAGUGCAAACGAGCAGGACCUAAAUUUGUUCAGUUUGAUAUCAGUAAAAUAUCAGCUAGCCGCGGAAGAAAUCGCUAGAAGAAGUACGUCAUUACAUUUACCCAAGUAUAUUUUCUUCCACGCAUGCAAGAAAAAGUGAUGAAAUAAUAAAAGAAUAAAGUUCAAACAGGCGUCCAUUCAAGUUCUAACACUGAAGUCACUCAGCGUGAAGCCAGAAAGGCGGCCGAGAGCUGAGCUGAGCGCUACAGCAUUUUCCGUUCUGAAUUACAAGUUUUUGGCCCUCUUAGCUUCACGGAAUAAGCUGAGAUUAGAAAACAAUUCAAAUCGAGGGAGCUGGAACGGAGAUUGCAUCUAAUCGAGGCAAGGUGCUUGGUUGGUGAAAACUUGUGCUUCAAUUAAUCAGCUAUUGAUGGUGGAACUGAAAAACGAAACAGAAUUUUCCAUGGCUUCUAACAUGACACAAAAUGACACCAUCUCGCCACCUGGUGAGGGAGUCGUAGUCCCGCGAGACAUUCAGGUUGGAGUCACAGUGGUCGCAGUCACAACUUUUAUCCUGGCAGGAAUUGGUAACUCGCUGGUGAUCUACAUCGUAUGUACAGUCAACCAGAUGAAGAGCUCAACAAACACUCUCAUUGCCAAUAUGGCUGUUGCAGAUCUUCUCAUGACCAUUGACAUUCCUUAUAUACUCAAAUGGGUGUACGUGUGGAAUGGUUGGUUUGGUACAUUUAUGGGCACCGCCUUGUGCAAGUUCUUUCACUCAGCUCAAGUUGGUUCCUUGGCUGCUUCAGUGUUUAGUUUGGUGGCGAUUUCUUUAGAUCGCAGUUUUGGUAUUUUAUUUCCAAUGAGAACCAUAAUGACCAGGAAUGUUGUGCGUUUUGCAAUCGCCGCGAUUUGGCUCGGCGCACUGGCCUUGUCCAUUCCGAUUAUGCUAGUGGUCAAGAACACCAAAGAUGAAGGAACGGGAAAUAUGAUUUGCGACGAGAAUUGGCAGCCCAUAUCACAUAAAACCUACGCAUGGUUUCUAUUCACAACUUCCUACAUCAUUCCAAUUUUGAUCAUUGCGGUAGUCUACUUCUUAGCGGGGAUGCGCCUUUGGAGCAGGAAACUCCCAGGUCAUCGCACGUUAAUGUCGCACAAGAAAGCUCAAGCGUCCAGCAGACGCGCCACAGUUAUGUUGAUAACAGUGGUUAUCGUUUUUGCUCUUUCUUGGUUUCCAUUUCAAGCCUUGGAAAUCAUAAGAUAUAUCAAUCCGGAAAUAUUAACCAACUUUACAGUCCCAAUGGCGGUUUGGUUUGUCAUUCCGUGGUUUGGUUACUGUAACAGUGCCGUUAAUCCAAUUAUAUAUGUGAUCUUCUCGGAGAAUUACCGUCACGAAUUUUAUCGAAUCCUCUGCAGGGGACCAAGCCGAAAGGAGCGUUACAGGAAGACUAUUGUAUACAGCCGCAGCGCAACUCGCACGACACGCUUAUCAAGAGCUAGCUCAUUGGCAGUCAGUAUUCCUCUUCAGAAGUUGAGAGAAGAAGCUGACCAUAGAAGAGGAAGUCCAGAGACGUCGUGAGUCCAGUCCAAACUACUUAAAUAUCAGGCCUUUGCAAAAAGUUCUCCUGAACUGGGGAAGAAAAGGCACCAAAAUUACUCAAACAUUUGUCAGCCGUUAUGUUCGUUUUUGCUUCACCUUUCUUUUAGCAAGCUUUGUGCUUGAUGUAAUUUUCAGGAAGAAUUUCCAAUCAAAAAAAACUCUGACCUCUUUCUGACUGCUUUCAUUUUCCUGUUGGGUUUCGUUCCUUUUCUUCUUCUUUUCAGAUUUCUUUGACUGAAUCAGCGCAACUUGAUAUAUUCAAAGAGCACGUUUUGCGCCAACUUUUUAUUAGUUUUAAUUUUACCAUUGUUCUGAUAUUUUCACCCUGUAAUUUAUUGCGUUGAGAGUGGCACGGUUUCUUUCAACUAUAACCCGUCUUAGUUAUAGAAAACAGCAGUGAUAUAUCGCUGUGAUAUUACUGUGGUAACUGGAUCUGACAGAUGUUUUGCAGUACUUUACCUUACCAUAAUAUCGUACCAGAGGUACUACUACGAGUAUGGCCGACGUCGGCCGACGUAUACUGAAAUCAUUUGUUGUUACUGCCUCAAUUGCCAACGGGUAAUGGUCAACUCAAACG